GCACCUAGUGAUUGGUGUCCGUCUAACGAACCGCAUCGAAUCGUGCGCAGUGUGUUGGUUUUCGUGUUAGUUUAAAUUCGAUUUACUCGCGGGUUUAAGUGAUUUUUUUUCCCGAGCAUCCAGAGAACCACCGCUAUGGAAUUAAAGGUAUUAGCGGUUACGCUGUUGUUGGCCGUAAGCUGCAGCUGCCAAUACGAGGCAGAAAGUCAUCAACACGAUGAUGGGUGCUCUCAUCCACCAAAAUAUGGACCUAGCAAAUCUGAUUACACCCAAAGUUUAGUAUCUUACGCUCCUGCAGCACCCAAGCCAGCUUACUUCAAGCCCAGCUAUGAAGCUACCAAAUAUUCAGCACCGAGUUACUCGGCACCAAGCUAUUCAGCUCCUAGCUACUCGGCUGCCAGCUACUCGUCUGCCAGCUACUCGGCUCCCAGCUACUCGGCUCCCAGCUACUCGGCUCCCAGCUACUCGGCUCCGAGCUACUCAGCUCCGAGUUAUGCAGUACCUGAUCCGAGCUACGCGUCACCAAGCACUCCUAAAUACUCUUCACCGAGCUACACCAACAAUUACAAACCAGCAAAGGCUGUGUACUCUGCACCAGCGUACAAACCAGCUGUUUACUCCACACCCAAAUACGAAGCACCAAAAUACGUGUCAAGUACCACCGAAUACACGCCCCAUGAAUACAAAGGUGAUUACAAACCAGCUGCACCAUACUCAGUAACCACCCCGAAAUGCGAAGACGCUGCYCAACAUGAAUACACUACCGCCGCACCAUCUUACUCAUACUCCUCAGCACCACAGUUAUACGUAAGCAAACCUGCCUACUCUCCAGCACCAGCUGCAUACUCUGCGUCCAGCUACUCGACUCCAGCUCCCAGCUACGCUGUACCCAACCCAUCUUACUCCUCAGCAUCUUCCAGCUACUCCCAACCUAAAUACUCGCCGUCCAGCUACUCUUCAUCCAGCUACUCAUCGUCCAGCUACUCUACCGCCGCUCCCAGCUACGCUGUACCAAACCCAUCUUACUCCUCAGCAUCUUCCAGCUACUCUCAACCAAAAUACUCGGCACCAAGCUACUCUUCAUCCAGCUACUCAUCAUCCAGCUACUCCGCACCGGCUGUCAGCUACGCCGUACCAGAACCAAACUAUGCUUCACCAUCCGYACCAAAAUACUCUUCAUCCAGCUACUCUACACCAGCCCCUAGCUACGCCGUCCCAGAACCAGUGUAUGCCUYCCCAGCUGCACCAAAAUACUCCCCAGUCAGCUACUCCACACCAGCCCCGAGCUACGCCGUCCCCGAACCAGUAUACGCCUCCCCAGCUGCACCAAAAUACUCCCCAGUCAGCUACUCUACACCAGCCCCGAGCUACGCCGCCCCUGAACCAGUKUACGCUUCUCCACCAAAAUACUCUGCUCCCGCACCCAAAUACCAAUCAUCGAGCUACAACUCGUACUCGAGCAGCAGCUACAAGGCCGCCAAGCCCGAAUACUCUGCACCAGCACAGAAAUCCAUAGCGUACUCUACUCCGUCGUCGUACGUCGCAGUGGCACCACCAAAAUGUGAUGAGCACGAACAGGAAUACGUCACCAAAGCUCCGUCUUACGAGUCCAAACAAUCGUACGCUCCAGCUCCAGCAUACUCGCCAGCCGCGUAUACGUCAUCGAAACAAUCUUACUCGUCCGCUCCGAUCGCCGUGUACUCUCCAGCCGCUUCUUAUGGCUCAGCCCCUGAAUACUCUGCCGCUCCCAGUUAUUCAGCCCCUUCGUACUCUGCUUCCCAGAGCUACCAAUCUGCAUCGUACUCUUCUGCCGCUCCAAGCUACCCGUCGCCGUCGUACGCCGCUGCCCCUGCCCCGGAAUAUGCCCCAGCAGCUCAGUCAUACGCACCAGCAGCCCCGUCGUACGCACCAGCGGCCCCGUCGUACGCACCAGCGGCCCCGUCGUACGCACCAGCGGCCCCGUCGUACGCACCAGCGGCCCCGUCAUACGCACCAGCAGCCCAGUCAUACGCACCAGCGGCCCCAGCAUACGGAUCAGCAGCCCAGUCAUACGCACCAGCUAAGACUUACGCGAGCUACGUCACACCACCAAAAACUGGACCGACCAAGAACGUCGUAAACACUCACUUGGAAAAUUACGAUGAGAACCCAAGAUACGCCUACGAGUACAGCGUAGACGAUUCUUACACAGGUGACAAGAAGAGCCAAAAAGAAGAACGUGAUGGGGAAGUUGUGAAAGGAGAAUACAGCCUUGUCGAGCCUGACGGUUCCAUAAGGACAGUAACCUACUACGCCGAUUGGGACAACGGAUUUUUCGCUAAUGUCUCUAAGACACCAGCAGCAGGAGCUAAAUACUAAUUUCCAAAUAAAUAUAUAAACUUAAUGUA